UGUUGCAGUCCGAUGCACCUCGGCACGGCUGCGGGAGCAGGUCGUCGAUACAAUCUCUUAGCAGAUUUACAUUUUACAACUCGCCUACUCAUGGAUCGAUCGACCACAGCGUUCCUCGCGCAGCUUGCGGGCGAAGCCCAGCGCUACGACGAGAUGGCAGCCCUCGCGACGCAACUCCUCGCGUUUCCAGCGCCAUUGCAAAGCGACGAGUUCGACCUACUCGUCAUCGCGUUCAAGAACCUCGUGGGCCCCCUCCGGCUCGCGUGGCGCGUCACCACAUCGAUUCAAGACUCCAAGACGACGUGGUCGCCAGCGCGCGCUUUGGAUCUGGCCAAGUACCGCGCGCAGAUCGCCGCCGAGCUCCAGUCGACGUGCGAGGCGUUUCUGUCUCUCCUCCGCGACCGCCUUUUGCCCGAGGCGCCAACCGUCGACGCCAAGGUGGCUUAUCUGAAGACCCAAGGCGACUACUACCGGUACAUGGCCGAAGUGAAUGACAACGAUACGACGUGGGCGAUGGGAGGCGCGGUGGCCUACAAUGACGCAUGGAACAUUGCGAUCGUGGAGCUGACACCGACGAGCCCGACGCGGCUGGGGCUAGCGCUCAACUUUGCCGUGUAUCUUCAUGACAUUGGCAACGCGCGAGACGCGGCCUUGGCGUUUGCACGGAGCGUCUUUAGCGAUGCCCUCGACGACCUCGACAGCGUCAGUGACAACAAGGCGUACCAGUUCGCCACCAUGAUCAUGCAAGCGCUUCGCGGCAACAUCGAGAUCUGGACCGACGAUGCCUAGUCAUCUUUUGUAGUAAUAUAUAUGUGUGAAUACGUGACGAAACAAGGAAUUUGUGU